UAAUAGUCGAAAGCUUCUCCUGCCAAAUGCCGUAGGCCUUAAACCUAACCGAGAGAGGCUCCGAUCUCUCUCCGCCUCAGAAAACCCCGACUCUGAAGAACACAGUCCCCCCAAAAAAAAACUUUCGUAAUUGAAAUCCCUAAAGCAUGAGCAGCGAGCCUUUCAAAAGGUUGGUGAAGCUCGCGGCGAGAGCGUUCUACGAUGACGUCAACUUUCGCGGGGAGAAUCAGCCCAAGACUGGCCGGAGCGACAACCGCGGAAUCGCUGUGGUUGUGCUCGACGCGCUCUCAAGGCGAGAAUGGGUGAGAGAAGAGGAUUUGGCAAAGGACUUGAAACUCCACUCAAAGCAACUUCGUCGUGCUCUGCGAUAUUUCGAGGAGGAGAAACUGGUCACCCGAGACCACAGGAAGGAGACGGCUAAGGGUGCGAAGAUAUUCAGUGCUGCAGUUGCCGCCACUGUUGAUGGACAACAACAUACAAAAGAAGGAGAAGAGAAAAUUAAGUUGCACACUCACUCUUACUGUUGUCUGGACUAUGCUCAGAUAUAUGAUGUAGUAAGGUACAGACUGCACCGCAUGAGGAAAAAACUGAAAGAUGAAUUGGAGGACAAGAACACAGUUCAGGAAUAUGUUUGCCCUAACUGUGGGAAAAGAUACAAUGCUUUGGACGCACUGCAACUCCUUUCAUUGGAGGAUGAAUAUUUCCACUGCGAGAGUUGCAAUGGAGAGCUUGUGGCUGAGAGUGACAAGCUAGCUUCUCAAGAUGUAGGAGAUGGAGACAGCAAUGCCAGGAGGCAAAGGCGUGAAAAAUUAAGAGACAUGCUUCAGAAUAUGGAGAUAAUCGGGAUGCAGGUACAGCUGAAGCCUUUAAUGGAGCAGAUUAAUAGGGUGAAAGACUUACCUCCUCCUGAAUUUGGAACUCUCCAGUCUUGGGAAGUGCGAGCACAUGCUCAAAGACGUGCCGAGAAUGGUGAAUCAAGUAGCAUGGAUCCUUCCAAAUCUUCACAUGGGCCCUAUGGUGGAACACCCAUGCCUUUUCUUGGAGAUACAAAAGUUGAAGUUGAUUUUGUAAAUGAUGGCAAGGGUAAUGAUGUCAAAUCAGAAGCUGAUACUACAGGCCAGAAAGUUUUGCCACCUUGGAUGAUAAAGCAAGGGAUGAACCUUACAAAGGAACAGCGUGGAGAGGCAAAGAUGGAUGGCACUGUUGGAGCUCCAGAGUAUUCAGAUGACAAAAAGGCAAAUGCUGAAGAUGAUGAAAAGGCUUUCCAGGAUGAGUAUUUCAAAGCUUAUUACGCUGCUUUAAUAAAAAGACAACAAGAAGAAGAAGCAGCACGUCAAGUUGGCAUGAAGUCAAAACGUGAUCCGAAUGAAGAAGAUGAAGCAGAAGAAAAUGUUGAGUGGGAAGAGGCUCCAGUUGCAGGUGACGCCAAUGGAAAUUAUAAGGUCAAUGACUUGAAUGUCGAGGCCGAUGCAACUGCAGAAGAUGAAGAUGACAUAGAAUGGGAGGAAAGUUGAAUAGCCUAAGGUUUUUUCAUGCAUACCCUUUACAGCUGACUACGAUCUAGGUCCCUCCUAUUGUCGAACUUGCUGAGUAUCUCGCAACUUCUUAGAUAUUAGUUCCAAUUGAUCUAUCGAGGACUGCUGAUGUACACGUAGUCUUGGCUCCAACUGCAACUCCUUGUGGUCAUCAUGUUUACAGAUGUUUUAGUAAGAGAAUUGCAGCAAUAUGAAACACUGCCACUAAGUAGCUUUAUUGUUGGUUUUGUUAGGGAUGACUGUAAAUUAUAGAUAAUGUCAUCGCAGUACAAUAAAGACAUACAAUUAUGUGC